AUGGGAAGGGAGGAGGAAAGUGAGGGCAGUGAAGAAAGAGAAACCAACCUGAGGAUGGGUGGGGGCGGCGCCGGCGGCUUGAAAUCCCUCCAGCUCCAGAAAGUUUCUGUUUCUGUCCGUGGAACGAUCUUUCCCACGGCGGAGGAGGUGUCGGGCGAGCAGCGGAAGGCAGCGCCGAGGAGCAAGGACCGGCACACGAAGGUCGAAGGCCGCAGUAGGAGGAUCCGCAUGCCGGCGGCGUGCGCCGUCAGGGUGUUCCAGCUGACGCGGGAGCUUGGGAACAAGUCGGACGGCGAGACCAUCCAGUGGCUGCUGCAGAAGGCGGAACCCGCCAUUGUAGCAGCCACCGGCACCGGCACGAUGCCCGCCAUCGCCACGUACGUCGGCGGUGCCCUCCGUGUGCCCACGCAGCCCGCUUCCUCCGCCGGAAACGCCGGCGAGAGAACGAAGAAGCAGCAGCCGCUGCCGCAGUCGUCGCAAGUGCGAGUCUCCAUGUCUUCGGGCCUCGCCCCGAUCGGAGCGGUGGCUCCGGUGAUCCAACCCCUGUGGGCUGCUGUCAACAGCGGCUGCGGCGGCGGCGGAGGAGGAACCCUGUGGAUGAUGCCGGCUUCCUCCGCCGUAGCGGUCGCCGCCGCCGCCGCUGCCAAAGAGCUACAGUUACUGGGUGGCACCGCCGGCGCCGGUGACAGCCACUACAUCCACCAUGAUCGACGGCGUGGGAAGAGGGAGCGGCUGGAAGAGGGCGAGCCCUCCCUCCCCAGAACGACGGCAACGUAG